AUGGCACCCGCUAGAGACGAAACGGUUGAUAGCCUCAAGAGCAUCAUCCGAGACCUAGAGGCCCGAGUCGUUCAAUUGGAACGCAAGAUCGUCGAUGGGGGGAGCAGCUCAAAGCCCAAUUCGCUUAUGGAGAGCAUGCGAAUGGUCUUGAUGGGUCCUCCAGGCGCUGGAAAGGGAACACAGGCCCCUAAAAUCAAGGAUAAAUACUGUGUCUGCCACCUCGCCACCGGUGACAUGCUCCGAUCGCAGGUUGCUGCGAAAACAGAGCUAGGAAAACAAGCCAAGGAGAUCAUGGAUCAAGGUGGUUUAGUGAGCGAUGAAAUCAUGGUCAAUAUGAUCAAGCAUGAGCUCGAAACAAACCAAGAAUGCCGCAAUGGUUUCAUCUUGGAUGGCUUUCCACGCACCGUAACACAAGCUGAGAAACUCGACGACAUGCUUAACUCUCGCAACCAGAAACUGCAACACGCCGUUGAGCUCCAAAUCGACGACGAACUUCUGGUCUCCAGGAUAACUGGCCGAUUGAUCCACCCGGCUUCAGGAAGAUCUUACCACAAGAUAUUCAACCCCCCAAAGACUGAAAUGACUGACGACAUCACCGGUGAACCAUUGAUUCAGCGUUCAGACGACAACGUCGAAGCCUUGAAGAAACGUUUAGUCACCUACCACUCGCAGACCGCUCCCGUCGUAGGAUACUACAAGACGACUGGUAUCUGGAAAGGUAUUGAUGCCAGCCAGGAACCUGGUCAAGUAUGGAAAAGCCUCCUGGGAGUCUUUGAAAAGAAAGACUCCAGCCUGCUCAAUAAGAUGGGAUUGUCAAAAUAG